UCCGCGCUUACACAGUAUGGCCGGCGAUAUUAGCUAGCACUCGCCCACGGUAUUCUCUGUAAAAGGGAAGACGGUAAAACAAAACAAGGCAACUACAUCUGGACUGCUCUAGGACCGCAACUAACCUAAUAAAUUAUAACAACCAACAAAGGACUGAUUCACUGGGAUUGCAUCCGACGGUUUAAUUUCUGUUUUUGGAGUCUGUUUGUCUCGCGAUGGAAGAGAGCAGUGCACACUUCUUCGAGGGGACCGAGAAGCUCCUGGAAGUGUGGUUCUCCCGAGAAGACCAAACCAAAGGAACCGGAGAUCUGCGCACUAUCCCCCGAUUUGAGUGGGACAAACUUCUGGAGAAUGUGCAUUGUUUGAUUAUAAGUGUGACAAAGACUGACAAGCAGGAAGCUUAUAUACUCAGUGAGAGUAGCAUGUUUGUCUCCAAGAGACGUUUCAUUUUGAAGACAUGCGGAACCACCCUCUUACUGCAGGCACUGGUGCCACUGCUGGAGCUGGCUCGUGAGUACUGCGGCUUUGAUGCCAUCGAGAAUUUCUUCUAUUCUCGUAAAAAUUUUAUGAAGCCCACCCAUCAAGAGUUCCCUCACCGCAACUUCCAGGAGGAAGUCGAGUUCCUCAGCCAGAUUUUUCCAAAUGGAGCAGCCUACUGUAUGGGACGUCUGAACUCAGACUGCUGGUAUCUGUUCACGCUGGAGCUGCCGGACUUCUGCGAGAACAAGCAGGCGGACCAGACCCUAGAAGUUCUGAUGAGUGACCUCGACCCAGCGGUGAUGGACCAGUUCUACAUGAAAGACGGUGUUUCUGCUAAUGAUGUCACUCGUAUGAGUGGAAUUCGUGACCUGAUUCCAGGUUCAGUGAUUGAUUCCACAAUGUUCAACCCUUGUGGAUACUCCAUGAAUGGAAUGAAAACGGAUGGAACUUACUGGACAAUUCACAUCACCCCCGAACCAGAGUUCUCCUAUGUCAGCUUUGAAACCAACCUCUCCCAGACCUCUUAUGAUGAGCUUAUCCGCAAAGUCGUGGAUGUCUUCAAACCAGGGAAAUUUGUGACAACGCUUUUCGUCAAUCAGAGCUCCAAAUGUCGCAGCGUUUUCUCUUCGGCUCAGAAGCUGGAGGGGUACCGCCUCCUGGACCGCCAGUUGGCACACUUCAACGACUACAACUUCGUCUUCACCAGUUACACCAAGAAUCAGCAGCAGAAGCGGAGCUGAACCUCCGAAAUGAAGCGUAAAAAGAAAUCCCGCUGUCGCGAGGAACAACUCUGCGGCCGGCGGUGUUUGUGCGUGGAAUCUUCUGGCUGUAGAUCUUCCCUGAGUUUAACAUUUAUGCAUUCUUGUACCUAUGACGUAGAUAUCGUGCAUGAAAGCUCUUCCCGUGUCUCUGUAGAUAUUCUAGCCCAUUCUUGCUGUGAUCUUGAAGUGCAUGUAGAGUUCUUGAACGUGGUGGUGGUGUGUAUGAGGCAUGUCACUCCAUCCCAGGACAUGCAAUGUUCCCUUCCCUUCCUGCAGGUGUCCCCUCGCAUCCCCCACAGACAGGGUUUCCGACCUCACUAGACAAGGACCCUGACGUGCUCCGAUCCAUCUCGUCUCCCGACCGUGUUUCACCAUACACACCAGUGUUUUGUUUGAGUUCAUCGGUGUGCGUAGAGGUGUUUUUGGGCAGGGUUUGAUUUGCAUUUCAUUCAAUACAUGUGGCGUUGGUUAUUUAAAUCUUGAGUUUUUCGCUCAGUAUGUGUAUGGAAGCCCGUUUUCACCACUGAAUAAAAAAUUAAACAAGGUUAUUGCAAGCUUUUUCUCACAAUUAUGACUUUCCUCAGAAUCGCGAGAUGUAAACUCUGAGAAAUUGUCGUAAUUCUGAGUUUUUUUC